CUGUUUCCACCAUAUGAUGUCAAUCAGGGUUGCAACCUGCUGCUACUGUGAUAAACUAAUGUGGCUGGCGUACCGCAACAGCUGGUAAUCUGUUUGCAUUUUGGUUUUUGCGUUUUUAAUCCAGCGCGAAAUAGGCACUGUACUAGCUGCAUUUGGCUGUGUGCAAUCAUUAAAUUUCGGCAGUCAGUUGCUGUGGAUAGUGCUUGAUCCUCUUACGGGGAUAGGAUUCUUAAUUCAAAUAUCCAAAUAUGACUGCAGACGUUCACAAUAUUGCGAAUGCUACCGGAAAUGGGACGGAGAUUUUCCCGCUCUUUAACUGGCGGCUAAUGUUCUAUCUUAUUCAUCCUAGUGAAAUUCCCGAUCUUGAUCCUAAGGAUGUCGAAAAAAUACCAAAUUAUGCCAAUCAGGUGAUCUUCGUAUUCAUGGGAAUGAUUUUGAUCGAACUGGCUGUGAAGUACUACUACACAGGAAAAGGAUUUCGCAUAAAUGACAGCAUUGUCUCGAUGACCGCCGGAAUUGUUUCCCAGAGCGUCAAGUUUCUUCUUCGUGGAGUGGACCUGAUCGUUUACGUAUACAUCUUCGACAAUUGGAGAUUAUGGACGAUCCCGCUGAAAAGUUGGACCGGUUGGAUUCUAGCGGCUUUGGCAGCCGAUUUGGCUUAUUACUGGCUACACAGAUUGAACCACGAGGUUAGCAUCCUUUGGGCAAGUCACCAGACUCACCACAGCUCUGAGGAGUACAAUCUCACGACAGCCUUACGACAAAGCGCGUUCGGAGCAAUAUACGCAUGGAUUGUGUAUCUUCCCAUGGCAUUCUUUGGUUUCACACCUGUUGCUCAUCUGAUUCACAUCCAAGUUAACACAUUGUAUCAAUUCUACAUCCACACAACUGUAAUCAAGAGCAUGGGUCCACUGGAACUGAUUCUCAACACACCCAGCCAUCAUCGUGUCCACCAUGGGCGGAACCGCUACUGCAUCGACAAGAACUAUGCCGGAGCUUUAAUUAUCUGGGAUAAAAUGUUUGGCACCUUCGAGCCGGAACAUCCCGAUGAGCCGGUCGUGUAUGGCAUUCUGACGCCGAUCGCCAACUUCAACGGCAUGUGGGUGCAGAUUAACUACUACACCGAAAACAUCAUGAAAUGCAUGAACUACAAGACACUGAAGCACAAAAUGAUGUCACUGUUCAUGGGUCCGGGAUGGAUGCCGGGUACGCCGCGUCUCGGUGACCCCGCUACACUGCCCGACAUCAAGCAUCCGGCCAUGGUGUACGAUGUGAAGAUCUCCAAAUGGAAGAGCGCCUACUGUGUUGUCCACACGCUGGCGCUGCUGUAUUUCUUCGACCACUGCGCCCAGAAUUACGAGCAGUGGGAUAUUCCUACGGUGUGGAUUGCCUGUGCGUGUAUCUUUGUGACGGCCGGCAAUCUGGGCUCGCUGCUGGAUGAUCGCUGGUGGAUACCGGUGGCGGAAAUUGCACGCUGCGGUAUCUGUUGGGUACUAGCGCGGAAGGAUUUCGGCUUCUCGGAGCGGGCGGUCACCGUGGGAGAAGUACUGUACGCACUGUCCGGAUGGUUCUGGGUGGCGGCGCUGAUUUUUGCCGCCAAAAAUAAGAAAGAAAUCCCAAUGGAGAAAAGGCGAUCGCUGGCCGAACCGGCAGUUGCGGUUCUGAAAACGGAAAAAAGCGAUUAAGACGCAUUAGUUUUCCAGGUUUACUGGCAAUGAGAAACUUGUCAGGUGUCCUUUCGUUUACUUAAUGCAAUUGUGAUUUCGAAUCAGUAUUGAAUAGUGAUGUUCGGUACUGUGCGGGAGAUUGUGUAUGCAGAGUUCGCGGUUUUCCUUAUUGGAAUUCUUCCCCGCGAAAGCUGGAUACGUACAUCGUUCUUGCAUCUCCGAUUAUGGCUUAUAAAAGUAUUAAGAAGAUGUUA